GGACGACAUCCUGGUCUACUCGGAAACCUAUCACGGACAUGCACAGCAUAUCGAAUGGACGCUGGGAGCUCUGAGAGAUGUCGGGUUCAAGAUCGCGCUCGAAAAGAGCGAGUUUUUUCUCUCGCAAAUCGCGUUCUUGGGUUACGUGGUGACACGUGGAGGACUGCGGCCAGAUUCGAGAAAGGUCGCGGCACUGCGGCGGCAGUAAAAGAUGCUCCUAUUCCCACGUUAUUGACGCAGGCUCGAGCUUUCUUGGGACUAGCGUCGUACUACCGUCGUUUUAUCAAAGGCUUCGUUGCGAUUGCACGACCUUUGACGAACUUGCGACGGAGGGACCAGCCCCUCAGUUGGGACGCAGAAUGCGAACGGGCCUUCGCCACUCUCAAAGACGCCCUGGCUACAGCGUCUAUUUUGAUCCGGCCAGACCCUAUGAAGCAGUUUAUUCUCAUCACCGACUGGCAGCCGGAGAUGAUUUCUGCUAUCCUAGCGCAAAAGGGGAAUGACGGUCCAGAACACGUCAUCAAGUACGCGUCUCGUACAGUGCCAAACGAGCGGAGAAACGAUUCGGCCUCGCAGGGCGAAUGCUACGCAGUGGGACAAAAGUUCCUCCUUGUGACAGACCACGAGCCAUUGCUGGCACUGAAGAGACUCACUAAUUACACGGGUACGAUUGGACGAUGGGUUGUGCGCCUACAGGAGUACGAUUUUGACAUCAUCCACCGGAAGACGGAGAGGCACGACAACGCGGACGGGCUGACACGUCUGCAUCGACCAGCUAAGCCCGACCAUCGACAGCUGAUCGUGCGAGAACUCACAAUCCCCCGGGCGCAGGCGGCGCAGCUGGUCGACGAUCUCCCCCUCGACAUCAUCUCGCAGUGUGACGAAAGCCCAGUCCCGCACGUCCUUUCGCGAACACAGACGCCCUAUCUGCAGUGGUCGGCUUGCCUUGAAGAGCAGGGAGGGAACAACAACCCGCGAUCGCAAGCAAAGUACCUGAACCCGCGAAGGAUAAUUGAUAUCUCCUUCUUCCAGCCUCGCACGACCUCCGAAGACGAAGUACUAACGUUGGAGGAGGAAGAAGAAGAGAACGAAGAAGAGGAUGGCGAGAAAGAAGAAGAAGAAACCCCAGAAGAAGGGAGUUACAACGAGCAUAGCGAGGGAGAGCAAAGCGAAGAAGAAGAAGAAGAGGACGAGGAACAAGAGGAGUCUUAGUGGGAAAAUUUGGGCGAGGAGGCGGACCGCACCAAGGAUCUGGAGACGCCCAAGCCAGAG